AUGGCGAAAGGGCGCUUUAUCGUGAACCCGUUCGCGGAGCUAGCUCUCUCUGGUAAUGAUCACGAGCAACUUCAGGAAUUGGCAAACACUCUAAUCAUGUCGAAUCUCGAGAAGUACAUGUCACACCAGGACGAAAAGACGAAAGGAGUAGAUGUUCGCCAGUGGAAGCUGUGUAGAAAGCGUCAAGGAAUCAAGAUGUACGUCGAGCGACAAGGAUCUGCCUCAUUUAGUGAGAACAUGCCGUUAUUUCGGGGCAUUGGUUACGAGGAGGGUAAACUCGACGAUCUUAUGUAUGGCCUCGUGAGUCCGACGCUCGAGUUGAUGCGUGUUAAGGCCUCGUACGUAAACGACUUUAGUGGUGCCGCCGUUCUCGAUACCAUUGUCCAACCAACCCUAGAGGAUCCUUUUCAAGCUUUGGUUGUCAAGUGGAUGGAAGUCGACAUCCCAUUCAUCUCAACAAGUCUCAUUAAGAAUCGUGACUACGUCUACAUUGAUGCAACAGGCUUCGUACGCACAAAGAACGGUGAACGGGUGGCGUAUCACCUCAUACACUCGGUGCAUUUCCCCAAGACGCCGGAUCUUCCCAAUCGAGUCCGUGGCAACAUGUCGUCGAUGGCAUUUUGGCGGCAGGUCGGACCUAACACCAUAGAAUUUUUCGGUACUGCCGUCAUGGAUCCAGGGGGUGCUAUGGCCAAAAGGAUUGCAGUUUCCACCAUAGCAAGUGUUUUCUUUUGUACCUUGAAGUAUGCCUGCUGUGGCCAAAUGAAGAAACUGACAUUCAUGUUGGACAAGAAGUACGCCGAAUUUAAGCUAAACGGUGCACCCCACAAGAAGAACGUGUGUGUGACUUGCUUGUCUCCAAUCACUGGUCGAAGGCUUGGGGAUUUUGGCAACAGCAAACAUACGUGUAAACUAUGCUUUGGGUUCGUGUGUCACAGCUGCAAAAUUACUCAUAAGUUAAGCUUUGUUGACCCCGAUUUGCUUUUAUCGAAGCGCAAAGUGACAUUCUGCACGUCGUGCAUCAGCGAGGUGACGACUAUGAGUUCGGUCGAUGUUGUUCGUGCUCAAAUGCUAGCCAGUGAAACAGAUUUUCGAGAGCAAAAGGACUUAGGGAUGAACUCGUUAGUAUCAAUGGACGACAUCAGUUCUGCUAGUAUAGUCUCUGAGUACUAG